GAGAGAAGAGGAUGAGGGACGGUACUGGUGUGGAAUACUAAAACCUCUCUAUGAUGAAGGCACUUCUGUGUAUCUCACUGUCAACAAAGGAACAUUCAAACCAACCGCUGAGACACCAAGAACAACAAUACCAAGAACAACAGAAAGAGCAGCCCCAGCCACUGCAAGCACUGCUGUGAACAUCUCUUCAUCUCCUGGACAAACAGGACCCACUGCUCAACGCGUUGAUAUCUGGUUGUACCUUCGCUGGAUCCUGUUUGUUUUCAUGCUGGCUUGUCCUUUUGUGGUGCAGUGUUGGUCUUGUCGACGCAGGCAUGGAUGUUAUCCUGAACUCAGCAGUGCUGCUGAAUGAUGGCUGUAACCAGAUAUUCUACAAUUGAAAGCACUUAUGUCCCUGCAAGCAGCAUGGAAGAUAAAUGUACUUACACAUGACUGUAACUUGUAUAAGAAAACAUGCUUAAGCAAUAAAUAGGGGUAAAAGCUUAAUAAAUUACUGAGUACGUCUUAACAUGCAGUGCUAUUCAGCAUACUUUCUUAAUUUGCAGUUAAGAUAGAUCCCUGCUUCACAGGACACAUGUUUGUUCUGUUCAAUAUAAAAAGGAAGAGUCUUUCUUGUGUGCCUGUUGCUUGGAAUGAUGGGGCGAUCAUGUGAUCAUGUGAGUUGCGGGAGACACAUUGGUUAACUUGCAACACCUGCUUUGGUACUGCCCAUGAAGUAAAUGACAAGAAUAGCUUUCUGCAUGCUUUUAUCCCAUUUUGUAUUCACAAUAAUUAAAAGGAAUUACAUUGUAAUUAAUAAAGUGAUUAAGUGGAAUUGGAUCUGUUUCCCAGCAACAACAGGGGAUAAUAAUGUGUUUAGGGUUAAAGCAAGGGUUACAGUAAUAAAAGAAAAUUAUACAAAAGUGCUUAUAAUAUAACACCCCUAGAUUUCUGCUCAUUGUUAUUUGGUUAAUAUUCAGCAUUUCCCAUUUUUUGGGGGGUGACAAAGAUUUUUUUUUUUAAUCGGAUGAUGUCAUUUUGUUUUUAAUUUUAAAAAUUUGAAUAUAAUGAUAAAAAAAGCAAUUCAAUUGCUUACAGUUUUCCCCUGAUGUUGCACAAAGCAGCUUAGCACAUUUAAGUCAUUACCCGAGUUAAGGGAAAAUGCAUCCCUAAGGAUUCUGCUUCAACUUAAUACUGAAGGUGCUUUAUGCAACUGCCCACCAACUCAGUGCUUUGUUUUGUACACAGAGUGACAGACAAUAAAGCUUCAAUGUGACUGCCAAGACUGGAGGCACAUGAACUAUUGUACCGUAUCAGUCUGGGUAGAAUCCAUUGCAGAAACUCUUACUGUAUUUGGGUGUAAAAUGAAGAACAGACGCCUCCCCCAGUGCUUCUGCACUGAACGAUGUAUGUGUUCUGAAGCAAUGUGGUUGUGAAAUGAAAAAAAGGAAGGAUAAAAAAAAAUAUUUUUCUCAGCAAUACGGAAGCUUUUACUCAGCCUGCUUGCACGCUGGUUCUCUGUGUCUGAAAUGACGCUCCUCAUACUUCUGGCUGCUCUGUCAGGUGCUGAAGCCCUUUCUGGACCAGGACAGGUGAACGGCUUGCUUCGGGAAUCGGUGACUAUCCAGUGUCGUUAUGGCAAAGACUACAAGGACAGUGUGAAAUAUUGGUGUAAAGGACACACCAAGCAGUUAUGUGACACUGUGGUAAAAACUGAUGACCUCCAGACAAACAACAGGAUUUCCAUCAGAGAUAAUAAAACUGAAGGAGUGUUCACUGUAACUAUGAGGGAGCUGAGAGAAGAGGAUGAAGGACGGUACUGGUGUGGAAUAGAACAAACCAGCUUUGAUGAAGGCACUUCUGCGUAUCUCACUGUCAACAAAGACACGGUGACUGGUUGGACUGAGGAACUGGUGACUAUCCAGUGUCUUUAUGACGAAGGCUUUACUAACAAUGUGAAAUACUGGAGUAGAGGAACGAUUUUUAAAGACAGUUCUGUUCUGGUGAGAACUGAUGGGCCCAAGACAUCAAAUAUGAUCUCCAUCAGUGAUAAUAAAACUAAAAGAGUGUUCACUGUUACUAUGAGGGGGCUGAGAGAAGAGGAUGAGGGACGGUACUGGUGUGGAAUACAAAGAACUCUCUAUGAUGAAGGCACUUCUGUGUAUCUCACUGUCAACAAAGGAACAUUCAAACCAACCGCUGAGACACCAAGAACAACAAUACCAAGAACAACAGAAAGAGCAGCCCCAGCCACUGCAAGCACUGCUGUGAACAUCUCUUCAUCUCCUGGACAAACAGGACCCACUGCUCAACGCGUUGAUAUCUGGUUGUACCUUCGCUGGAUCCUGUUUGUUUUCAUGCUGGCUUGUCCUUUUGUGGUGCAGUGUUGGUCUUGUCGACGCAGGCAUGGAUGUUAUCCUGAACUCAGCAGUGCUGCUGAAUGAUGGCUGUAACCAGAUAUUCUACAAUUGAAAGCACUUAUGUCCCUGCAAGCAGCAUGGAAGAUAAAUGUACUUACACAUGACUGUAACUUGUAUAAGAAAACAUGCUUAAGCAAUAAAUAGGGGUAAAAGCUUAAUAAAUUACUGAGUACGUCUUAACAUGCAGUGCUAUUCAGCAUACUUUCUUAAUUUGCAGUUAAGAUAGAUCCCUGCUUCACAGGACACAUGUUUGUUCUGUUCAAUAUAAAAAGGAAGAGUCUUUCUUGUGUGCCUGUUGCUUGGAAUGAUGGGGCGAUCAUGUGAUCAUGUGAGUUGCGGGAGACACAUUGGUUAACUUGCAACACCUGCUUUGGUACUGCCCAUGAAGUAAAUGACAAGAAUAGCUUUCUGCAUGCUUUUAUCCCAUUUUGUAUUCACAAUAAUUAAAAGGAAUUACAUUGUAAUUAAUAAAGUGAUUAAGUGGAAUUGGAUCUGUUUCCCAGCAACAACAGGGGAUAAUAAUGUGUUUAGGGUUAAAGCAAGGGUUACAGUAAUAAAAGAAAAUUAUACAAAAGUGCUUAUAAUAUAACACCCCUAGAUUUCUGCUCAUUGUUAUUUGGUUAAUAUUCAGCAUUUCCCAUUUUUUGGGGGGUGACAAAGAUUUUUUUUUUUAAUCGGAUGAUGUAAUUUUGUUUUUAAUUUUAAAAAUUUGAAUAUAAUGAUAAAAAAAGCAAUUCAAUUGCUUACAGUUUUCCCCUGAUGUUGCACAAAGCAGCUUAGCACAUUUAAGUCAUUACCCGAGUUAAGGGAAAAUGCAUCCCUAAGGAUUCUGCUUCAACUUAAUACUGAAGGUGCUUUAUGCAACUGCCCACCAACUCAGUGCUUUGUUUUGUACACAGAGUGACAGACAAUAAAGCUUCAAUGUGACUGCCAAGACUGGAGGCACAUGAACUAUUGUACCGUAUCAGUCUGGGUAGAAUCCAUUGCAGAAACUCUUACUGUAUUUGGGUGUAAAAUGAAGAACAGACGCCUCCCCCAGUGCUUCUGCACUGAACGAUGUAUGUGUUCUGAAGCAAUGUGGUUGUGAAAUGAAAAAAAGGAAGGAUAAAAAAAAAAUAUUUUUCUCAGCAAUACGGAAGCUUUUACUCAGCCUGCUUGCACGCUGGUUCUCUGUGUCUGAAAUGACGCUCCUCAUACUUCUGGCUGCUCUGUCAGGUGCUGAAGCCCUUUCUGGACCAGGACAGGUGAACGGCUUGCUUCGGGAAUCGGUGACUAUCCAGUGUCGUUAUGGCAAAGACUACA